CACAGCACUUCACAGCAUCUCCAACAGCAUGAUAAAGGUCCUGGUGAUGGUGGUGGUGGCGGUAACAGCCUCAGCCCUGCCCUGGUCACCCUACAAGCCUACACCCGAUGAAAAGGAUCCCAGGCCCUACCAGUAUUCCUACGGCGUGAAGGAUGCGCUGGCUAAUACGCGGUUCGGAAAGACAGAGGAUUCAAACGGACAGGUGGUGAAGGGACAGUACUUCGUGGCACUACCUGACGGGAGGCUGCAGACGGUGGAGUACGUGGCAGACCCCCAGUUCGGAUACAAGGCCCAGGUGAAGUACAAGGGGCAGGCCAGGUACCCCUCGCAUCCGUCUUCACCUGCCCCCGUUAAAAAGUCAACAAAGAACCACCGAACGAGGAAUUACGAACCGCCAACCUCUUACCACUCCACCACGACCUCCUACCUCGGUUCACUGACGGGAUACACCGAACCAGAAGCCAACAGUGAACCGGAAACGAACCGGGAACCAAAACCGGGCUACCAUGAACCAGUAUUUGUUGAUCAUGAACCGCUGCUACCACUGCCUCGACCUAAACCCCUAUACAGUGAACUUAAACCCCCUUACCACUUACCGGAACCGAACUACCAUGAACUACGGGUACAUAAUCGACCAGAACCAGCGUACCAUGGACUGGUGCCAAAUUACAAUGAACCGCUGCCCCUGAGCCCCGUAGAACCAUUAUACUACCCCAAAGACCUCCCGAACCUGUCCCCAGAACCGGUUUACAACGAACCACUGGAGAAACUUGAACCGGGAGUGACUUACGUGGAUAAAGAACCGGUGUAUAAGGAACCGGUGGUAGAUUUUCGUAAAGUUCUGGCUAUUUCGAACGAACCGGACAGAACCAAGGGUGAACCGACUCUCUCACCCUACACAGAUAUAUUUCCACCCUAUUUUUGAGAGAGAGAGAGAGAGAGAGAGAGAGAGAGAGAGAGAGAGAGAGAGAGAGAGAGAGAGAGAGAGAGAGAGAGAGAGAGAGAGUGUUAUAGGUAGACAGACAGUUUAAUGUAGUUGUUGUUGUUGUUGUUAUUGAUGUUGUUGUUAUUGUUGUUGUUAUUGUUAUUGUUGUUGUUGUUGUUGUUUAUAUAUUACUGUACUUAUAUAUUAUUUUGUAUUUUUAUAUAUAUAUUUUUUUUUAUUACAACAAAGAAAAAAAAUAUCC